CGGAAGGACAGACAGACAGACAGACGGGCGGAGCGGCCGGCGGGGCCCAGCGGCACCGGAGCCCCGGCCCGGCGGGCACAGAAAAUGCUCUGAAGGUGACCUGGACAGCACCUGCUGGAACUAAAGCUGCCCAAAGCAAGUCCUCGUGCAGCCAGGGCGUGUUUGUGGUGAGCAGGGCAGCCGUGCAAGGCAUGGGCUCGGAGAACAGUGCUCUGAAGAGCUACAGCCUGGAGGAGCCGCCGCUGACGCUGCCCAGCGGGCACAGCAUCCACCCGGCCGUGCUGCAGGAUGGCAAACGCGCCUCUGUGUUCGUGUACAAGAGGGACAGCCAGGACAAGGUGGACAAAGCUGCCAAGCACCUGAAAACCCUGCGCCACCCCUGCCUCCUGCGCUUCCUGUCCUGCACCGUGGAGGCCAACGGGAUCCACCUGGUCACUGAGCGGGUGAAGCCCCUGGAGAUGGUCCUGGAGACUCUCUCUGCUGCAGAAAUCUGUGCAGGCAUCUACGAUGUGCUGCUGGCACUCAUCUUCCUCCACGACAGGGGAAACCUAACUCAUAACAACGUCUGCUUGUCAUCUGUGUUUGUGAGUGAGGACGGGCACUGGAAGCUGGGAGGAAUGGAAACAGUCUGUAAAUUCAGUGAAGCCACCCCAGAGUUCCUGUGCCACGUGAGGUCGGUGCGAGAGCAGUCGUGCAUCCCCUGCGAGGAGAUGUCUGCAGACUUCAAAAUGCUGCCCAGCAGCUACGGGCACGCGAGGGACGCCUACGCCUUUGGGACAACAGUGGAGAAUCUCCUGACAGUUCUCCAUGAUCAGGUUUCAGCAGAUAUUCUCUCCAGCUUUCAGCAAACCUUGCACCGUACACUGCUGAAUCCAGACCCAAAGUGUCGCCCACCACUGUCCAGCCUGUUGUCUCACGAGUUCUUCAGGAAUGAUUUUCUGGAAGUUGUGAAUUUUCUGAAGACCUUGACGCUAAAGUCUGAGGAGGAGAAAACUGAAUUUUUCAAAUUCCUGCUGGACAGGGUGGCUGGAUUGUCAGAGGAGCUGAUAGCAUCACGGCUGGUGCCUCUCCUGCUCAAUCAGCUCGUGUUUGCAGAACCUGUAGCUGUCAAGAGUUUUCUUCCUCAUCUGCUGGGCCCAAAGAAAGAGCAAAGUGGGGAGAGCCAGCCCAGCUGCCUUCUGUCACCAGCCCUGUUCCAGGCCCACGUCAUCCCUGUGCUGCUGAAGCUCUUUGAGGUGCACGAGGAGCACGUGAGGAUGGUGCUGCUGUCUCACAUCCACGCCUAUGCCGAGCUCUUCUCUCGGGAGGAGCUGAAGAACAUCAUCCUGCCCCAGGUGUUGCUGGGCCUGAGGGACACCAGUGACUCCAUCGUGGCCAUAACCCUGCACAGCCUGGCUGUCCUCGUCUCCCUGCUUGGGCCUGAAGUGGUUGUGGGUGGAGAAAGAACAAAGAUCUUCAAAAGCUCUGCACCAAGUUUCAUGAAAACUGCUGAUCUCUCCCCAGAAGGUUCCCCCAGUCAUGGAGUGAUCAAUCAGAGAAACCAAACCUCUCAGCCCCUGAAGAGCAAUCCCAGCUCUGCAAAUGCACCUGGCAAAAAGCUUCCUGUGCAACAGGACAGUCCCCUGGCUUCACAGACAGGUGAGCAAGGCACUGAGCCCCCCCUGAAUGGAAUUCCUGGAAGCAUGAAUACCCUGGGGAGCAGCAGGAGCUCUCUGACUACCUCAGAAAAGCCAGCAGAGGAGUGGCCAGACUGGAGUGAGCCAGAGGAGACAGACACUGAGAAAACUGUGAACAUCCAGAUCCAGCCCCAGGAGCUGCAGGGCAGCACAGGACCUUACUUUGCUGAUCAUGAUGUGGAUGAGAAGCCUUGGGAUGACUUUGAACCCAGGAGCCCUAGUCACAAACUGUCCUCAGGAACCUGCCCCACUGUGACACAAGCUGGUGCAGCUGAAAGGCCUCUGCCAGGAACCCAGCAGCUGAGCAAAGAAUUCCAAAGCCUCAGACUGAGUCCCCCCACAAAGCCUUGCCAUGGGAACAGCUGGAGCAAUGACAAGUGGGACCAUGAGGAACAAGUGGGAGAAACUGUGGUGCCAAAAACCUUUCAGGAAAGGCUGAAGUCUUCAUCAGAGUCUGGCCUGGGAGAAGAAUUCACCAUCAAAGUGAAGAGGAAACCAGUGCAAGACCCAGAGCUGGACUGGUUUGCUGACAUGAUCCCAGACAUUAAACCUUCUUCCUCCCUCUUGAUUUUACCUGAGGCAAGGACAGAAGCAGUUAUUCCCACCCACUCAGGUGGGCUGUCCAGCAGAGAAGGGGCCUCCCAGACUGUGCUGUUCUCAUCCAAAUUUGCAGCAGCUGAUGUGAUGGAGGCUGAAGCUACAGGCUGGGGUGAAGAAGAGGAGUUGAACUGGGAAGAUGACACAAACUGGUAAUAGUUCUGAAGGAGACCAAGGUGAUUGAUGGUGUGUUGGAUCCUGUGACAGGAGCUGCUGCUUCCCCAGUACAAUGGAUAAUAAAGUACCUCAGCACUGCUUUUGCCACAAGGCAGGCACUUGCUGCACAGCCACACGAUCCUGUGGGGCCUGAGCUCUUGCCAGGGCUGCUCCUUCCCAGUCUGUGCCAAAAGCUGCAGGGGUGAGCCUGCACUCCAGCAAUAUGCCCAGCUGUGGUGCUGCCCCUGCUCCCAGAGACAGGACAGCUGAUGGUGCUGAUGUGCUACUGCAGGCCAAGAGUGGUGGGUGGAGGAGAUUGGUCCAGAACUCACCCCUUCCCUGAAAAACUGCUGACAAUAAAUGAAAGUCACACUGAGUUUCUUGGUUAAUGUGCCUUUUUCCUUUGGUUUUCCUGUUUGGUUUCUUUUCCCUUUCCCAAAAAAAUAAAGCCCUUAGAAAUGGCUCCUUUUAACUUUUCAGCUAAGAGAUGAUUUUAAGAUGAAUGUACAGUUUAUUCAACUUAUUUAUUUCUGUUUGUAUAGUUCUGUCAAUGGAUGGCACCAGAGGUGCUGGGAACCAUUCAGUGACCAACCAGAAACUGCUUAAGCACCAUGUUCUUUCUGCUCUUAACUGUAAAGAACAAUAAAGAUUAUUUUUAAAUUA